UAUCACUUUUACUGUGUAUUGCCAACCCUGUUUUAAGCUAAACAAUAAUACAUAUAUAAACACCUAGAAGUAUUUGCGAAUUUCAUGCAUAUAAAUGGCGCUAGCAAAUGUACUUUUGCUUAGUCAAAUAGCUGGACACGUUCUUCUAUUCAUAUUAUCCUUAUGCAUUGUACUGCCGCUAUCAAUUAACCUCGAUCAGUUUUGUGGACACUGCUUGCUCUUUACAACAGGCAAAUGGCGAGAAGAGGACGGCAUGUUCGAUGUACAUUGGGCAUCCAAUGGAUACUGCAAUUUUCCUCUAAUUACUGGAAUCUUUCUCCUGAUCAUCUCAGUUGUACAAAUCUACCGAUAUGUUCGAAUGAAGGAGGAGGAAUCUUUUAUUGCACUUUUUAUUGAUGUUGUGCUCGGCAUUUGGAUGCUGGCUAUGUCCAUCUUGUCUGCAAUUUUCAUUACAUUGGGCUUCAUUGUCUGGUGCGAUGGAAUGACCGAACGUUUUCCAUCGUGCGAAACUUCGGCUGGACAAAACAUUAUUAGAGGCGACACUGAAAAAAUUAAUACAUCAGGAUUUUAUAUUGAAAUGGGCACUACUCAGUUUGGCGCCUGGGGAGCAUUUGCUAUUUCAGUGGGUAUUGGAGUCAUCGCGUUGCUAAAACUUAUACACAAUCAUCAAGUUCGAAACAUAAAGGUGUCCAUGUAUCUAGAACGACAACGCUUGGUUAAUCAGCAGAAUUUCGAUGGGCGUUCAACGCCCCCGCUCCAUUCGGGCACCUCAUCUGACACCGAACACAAUAAAUAGUUGGUAAUUUCGUCAAGUCAGCAAUUUGUUAUUCUUUAUGUUUUUCUCAUGAUAUGUACGAUAAUUAUA